CAGCUGCGUAAAUGAGUAUGGAAGAUUAUGAUUUCCUUUUCAAAAUUGUUUUAAUUGGCAACGCUGGUGUGGGGAAGACCUGCUUAGUCCGUCGCUUCACUCAGGGGCUUUUCCCACCGGGUCAAGGAGCCACGAUUGGGGUUGACUUUAUGAUUAAAACUGUGGAGAUAAAUGGUGAAAAAGUAAAGCUGCAGAUCUGGGACACAGCAGGACAAGAGCGAUUCCGGUCCAUCACGCAGAGUUACUAUCGCAGUGCUAACGCGUUAAUCUUGACCUACGACAUCACCUGUGAAGAAUCCUUCCGGUGCCUCCCCGAGUGGCUGCGAGAAAUCGAGCAGUAUGCCAGCAAUAAGGUCAUAACUGUGCUAGUGGGUAAUAAGAUUGAUUUAGCUGAUAAGAGGGAAGUCUCCCAGCAAAGAGCUGCAGAGUUUUCCGAAGCACAGGACAUGUACUAUCUGGAAACCUCGGCAAAAGAAUCAGAUAAUGUGGAAAAACUCUUCCUGGACUUGGCCUGCCGGUUGAUCAGCGAGGCCCGACAGAACACCCUUGUGAACAAUGUCUCGUCCCCCUUACCAGGAGAGGGGAAAAGUAUCAGCUACUUGACUUGCUGUAAUUUUAAUUAAAGAGCUGGAAUGUGAUUUCCCCUUCCGCCAUGGGCCAAGAGGAUUUUUUUUGCUGGGAUUUAUCUCCUUGAAGGGAAUUCCUGCCACUUUGACCCAUCUGACCUGUGCUGAGUCAGGUUGCAGACCUGGAAGCAUGGUAGGUGGGUGGCUCCAGCUGCAUGUCAACGUAGCAGAAUAUAACACGGUUUAAAUUUCAUUUUUCUUCCAGUCUCUGGAGUGGGUUAGGAAAAGGAGAGUUGCACAAGUGUUUCAUGUAAUGCAGAACGUGAGUUAUUGCGUUUCCUUCUACAGAAGACUGGAGCAGCAUCUCUUGAGGAAGAUAUUGAAGAGAUCAAAAUCUCUCUUACACAACAAUGUGUUUGGUCCUUUCUAAAAUUAAAAAAAAUAAGAAACAAUGAACACUGACCCUGGACUAUGUUGGCAAUCUUCCAGGCUGCCAGUGAGUGAGCUCUUAGGACAUGUAUAU